AUGGCCUUUGGACGCCGCGGACCCAACAUCUCGCAGUUCCUGCGCGAACUGCACGAAAACCCAUCUGUACUGGAGGACUCGUUCCCAACGGUCGACGACCAGGACCUGUCCAUGUUCACCAACACCGAGUUCUAUGAUCUCGAGACUGGUCAGAACACCGACUUCCAGCCUCAGCCGUCCCAGCCGUCUAAGGUCACAACCGACGGCGGGUCGCCGUCGGAUGCUGUCACUCCUGUGUCCGAAGAGACGGCUGCUGCCAUUACCGAUUUUAACAGCCUUGACUUCAUCGCUACAGGCGAUUUCAACUUUCCGGAUUUUGGCGCUGCCUACCCAUCGCCGUCUAUUCCGUCCUACCCGGACAACUUGGGGAGCCUCCAACCCAUCCAGCCUGGCCCCCAACAUGGUUAUCAGUCCUCCAGUCCUACUGGUCAAAGCAGUGGGCAUCACAACAGCUAUGGCUCCAGCCACCAACCGCCGCGGAUAGCCGCCGCGGAUAAGCGCAAGCCGGACGUUCUGAACCAUUCUACACGUGCCAUGUCGUUCGAAGAGCAGACCCGACUAGCCGCCGAGGAAGACAAGCGCCGUCGAAACACGGCAGCCAGUGCCCGCUUUCGGGUCAAGAAGAAGCAGCGGGAGCAGGCACUUGAGAAGUCGGCCAAGGAAAUGACCGAUAAGGUGACGGCACUUGAGAACAGAAUCUCGCAGUUGGAGACGGAAAACAAGUGGCUCAAGGGCAUUGUUUUAGAAAAGAAUGCCGGAAACGAAGAAUUUCUCGGCAAGCUACUGGAAGACUUCAAAGCAAAGCACGCCAAAAAGGCGAACAGACGUGGCGAUGCAGGGAGCGACACCUCCUCCUCAGGAAUCACAGACGAGGAAAACGAGGCCCGGGACUCUUCCGGCUAA